GAGGAAGGUCCUGGCGGCGCGGGUCCGCCGGGCGCACAUCCCGAGGCCGCGCCCCGGAGGCAGCGCUUCCCCCGCGAGCGAUGCAGCGAUCCCGGGCCGCGGCGCUGGCCGUCAGGGUCGUUUACUGUGGUGCCUGAGGGUACAAGCCCAAGUAUCUUCAACUCAAGAAGAAGUUAGAAGAUGAGUUCCCCGGACGCCUGGACAUCUGCGGCGAGGGGACUCCCCAGGUUACCGGGUUCUUUGAAAUAAUGGUAGCAGGGAAGUUGGUUCACUCUAAGAAGGGAGGCGAUGGCUUCGUGGACACAGAGAGCAAGUUUCUGAAGCUGGUGGCCGCCAUCAAAGCCGCCUUGGCUCAGGCCGGAGUGCCCUGAAGUCGGAGCCCGUGACCUUGGCCCAGCCUCUCGGCAGACGCUUCAUGAUGGGAUGGACUGAAAUGUCUCCAGACGCCGGUCUUUUCCUGAUGUUCCGCGGCUGCCGGGCAGACAGCGCCCUGGUCUGUGCGUGCGUGUGUGCGUGCGUGUGUGUGUGUGUGUGUGUGUGUGUGUGUGUGUCUUUCCCCGGAACCUAGCGUUGCACACUGGCCCUGUCCCCCCCUUUCGCCGUCCCCCUGCCUGCACCCCCGAUGUCUCCCUGUCCCCCCUCUGGUGUUUGGGCUGGUCCAGCUCCAGGUUUCUUUCCCAAGAAGGAGCCAAGAGGGGGUCCGGUUUCAGCCGUGUUUGCAACGUUGACAGUUCAAUAAAUACUGAAUGAGUUUAGCAGA